AUGAGAUUCUCAAAAAGCAAUGCUGAUUCUUCACUAUUUGUUAAACUUGGUAAUUCGGAAAAAUUAAUGGUUCUAAUCUAUGUGGAUGAUCUUAUUGUGACAGGAAGCAAUGUUGAGUCUGCAAAAAAACUGAAAAAACAUCUUCAACAGUUAUUUCCUAUAAAGGAUCUUGGUUCCUUGAAAUAUUUUCUUGGAAUCGAAAUGGCAAAUUCCAGCAAAGGGUUCUAUCUUAAUCAAAGGAAGUAUGCUCUGGAUCUACUCAAGGAUGCCCAGAUGGUUGAUUCUAAACCUGCUCACACUCCUCUUGACAGCAAACAAAAGCCCUACUCCAAAGGUGAAGUGCUUAAGAAUCUUGCUCACUAUCAGAAGCUUGUUGGUAAACUGAUUUACUUGACAAUUACUAGACCAGAUUUGUCUUAUGCGGUUAACAUUGCUAGUCAAUAUAUGCAUGCUCCUACUAAUCAGCAUUUAAGCCUGGUUAAACGAAUCCUGCGCUACUUGAAAGGAUCCAUUGGUCGUGGAAUCAUUAUGACUAGCAAUGGACACACCAAGGUUGAGGGUUAUACAGAUUCGGAUUGGGCUGGUAAUUCUUUGGAUCGAAAAUCAACUACAGGAUUCUGCAUAACUGUUGGGGGAAAUUUAGUUUCCUGGAAAAGCAAAAAACAAGAAGUUGUUGCUCGAUCUAGUGCGGAAGCUGAAUAUCGAGCUAUGGCCACUACAGCCUGUGAACUUGUGUGGCUUAAAAGUCUCCUUUCAGACUUAGGAUGUCCGUGUGCUACUCCUAUGAUUCUUUACUGUGAUAAUCAAGCCGCAAUGCAGAUUGCUGCUAAUCCGGUGUUCCAUGAAAGAACGAAGCAUAUAGAAGUUGAUUGUCAUUUUAUUCGUCAACAGGUUCAAUCAAAGCUUAUUAAAACUUGUUAUGUGCGAAGUCAAGAUCAACUAGCUGAUGUAUUCACCAAGGCCUUACCUUCAACUCAGUUUCAAUGCCUUUUAAGUAAGCUUGGAUCUCAAAAUCUAAUGGAUCCAGCUUGA